UAUGUGAUACAAUACUUUCAUUUGAAAGGUCUUAGCCCAAACAAUAUCAAAGCCGAGCUGGAUUCUACUCUGGAGGAGUCUGCUUCUUCGUUUACAACAAUAAAAUAUUGGGUGACAGAAUUUAAACGAGGCCGUACGAGCUGCGAAGACGAACAUCGCAGUGGUCGACCAAGUGAGGUGGCCAUUCCAGAAAUGGUGCAGAAAAUCCACAAAAUGGUAUUGGGUGACCGUCGAUUGAAAGUGCGCGAGCUAGCAGACAUGGUAAACAUUUCAAAAAGUGCUGUACAUCGCAUAUUGACUGAAAAUUUGGAGAUGAGAAAACUGUGCGCAAGGUGGAUGCCGCGCUUGCUCACAAUCGAACAAAAGCAGCGUCGAGAGGAUGUUUCAAUCGAGUGUUUAGUGAUGUUUCGCAGCAACAAAGUCGAAUUUUUGCGCCGAUUCAUAACCAUGGAUGGAACAUGGGUCCACCACUUCACACCUGAAACGAAGGAACAGUCGAAGCAAUGGACUGAAAAUGGGGAAUCGACUCCGAAGAAAGCAAAAACAGUUCCAUCGGCAGGCAAGGUCAUGGCGUCAGUUUUCUGGGAUGCACGUGGCAUAAUUUUCAUUGAUUACUUUCAGAAAGGAAGAACAAUCAAUGGCGAGUAUUAUGCGAACUUAUUGCAGCGUUUGGGUGAUGAAAUCAAGGAAAAACGGUCACAUUUGGUGAAAAAGAAAGUGUUGUUUCAUCAAGACAAUGUACCAGUUCACACAUCCAUUAUCGCGAUGGCCAAAAUCAAUGAGUUAAAGUCGGGUACUUCUGAGACCACCCUCGUAUAUCCAUGA